GUUUUCGUGAUUUAUAUUUACUUGAGUGUAUCAAAAUUAGUGUGUUUCAUUUAUAAUUUACUAACUUCAUAAAUAAGGUUAACAUUUGAAAUGGAGAAUACAAGUGAACAAAAAAGGGCUUUCACCAGUGAGGAGUGGAUCAGUUUAACUAAUUACUUUGUUGGGAACAAUCAAAGGUUCAGGGAAAACAUUGUUAUUCCAAAGAAUUUAGGACCUGUGGUCAUUAAAACAAAUGAAGAGAAGGCAGUGGAGGCAUUCUUUGAAAGCUGUGCUUUUAAGUCAAUGAUGAGCUGUGUUAUUGGUUAUGGUUUGGGUGCGGCUAUUGGUCUGUUUUCUUCAAGUGUGGGUCCAUCUGCUACCAGCGUGGAGCAGCAAACUGCCAAACAAGUAUUCAAAGAGAUGAAAACAGCCACAUUAGGAUAUGCCAAAAAUUUUGCAUUAAUUGGAUUAAUGUUCUCUGCUGUGGAAUGUACAAUUGAAUCAGCUCGUGGUAAGAGUGAUUGGAGAAAUGGUACAUAUGCUGGUGGUGUUACUGGUGGUCUGAUUGGACUACGAGCUGGGGUUAAGGCAGGCAUUUUUGGAGCUGCAGGAUUUGCGGCGUUCUCGACAGCAAUUGAUUAUUAUAUGCACGGUAGAUUUUAGAUUUGUAAAUAUUUUAGUUAAAAAUAAAUUGUUUU